AAGCAUUGUCGACGCGGGAUGGACGGUGCCCCAACUGCUUUGGCACGGUGGCUUUUUGGUUUUGGAGCUUUAACCGGAAGCCCAAAAUAGGUCUUUAGUCAAAUUUGAGACGCGGAUAACAUCUUUAAUUUUUAGCCUCUCAAACUGCUUGGAUCUUUCAAUUUCAAGUCGACUGAAUGUUCGACGGAUUCAAUUUUACUCAUCAGGAAUCAGUUGAACUCAAUUGAAAAAUUAGAUGUUCACAUCCGAUUUAAGUUCGAUGUGUGAAAAAGAAGGGAAUAGUAAUACGCGAAAGAAUGUCCAAAUUCACGAGAUAAACGGACGCCCACGCAUUAAUCUUCCGGCACUCCGUGGUUUCUUAUCACAGUUCCCUGGAAAAUUUCAGAAGCAUCUGAAGUCAAGGUUCAAGAGGCCAAUAGAAAAAGAAGGCACAAACAGGCAGAUGUUCAAAUUCAAAGAUGCAAAAAUCAAUCUCGAAAAGCAAAUUCAAGCUUGGAGAAACAAUCCUGUGUGGAAUGAUCAUCAACCCCCUGCUAUUGAGGUCAGUGUACCCAAAGACUCUUUAUGCCAGCUAAAUGUAGAAGUGAAUGUGGGUUUACCCCCAGAUGCAAUAUACAACAUUGUCAUUGAUCCAGACAACAAGAGAGUCUUCAAGAACAUUCAAGAAGUUUUAUCCAGAAAGGUUUUGAUAGAUGAAGGUUCAAGGCAAGUUGUUGAACUUGAACAAGCUGCUUUAUGGAGGUUUCUGUUUUGGUCAGGAACAAUUUCAGUUCAUGUAAUGGUAGAUCAAAAUCGCGAAGAUUACUCUAUGAAAUUCAAGCAAGUGAAACCGGGAUUUAUGAAAAGAUUUGAAGGAAGCUGGAAAGUAGAACCAAUCUUACUUGAUGAAAAACUAUGUCAUCCCUGUAAGCCAAGAACUUUAUCAGAAUACAUGUCAUGUACUCAAGGAAAUGGAAGGAUUGCAUCAAAGGUGACUUUACAGCAACUUAUUGAACCUGCAAUUGUACCUCCCCCACCAAUUUCAUGGUACCUUAGAGGAAUCACUACAAGAACUACAGAAAUGCUUAUAAGUGAUUUAAUCGAUGAAGCUGCCAGAAUCAAAGGUGUUUCAGGCACUAAUGGUAUUAUUACCACAACAGAGCCAGAUGUUCAUCAGGGAUUAUCUGAUGAACAACAUCAGAUUGAUGAAACAUUUGAUAUUAAAGAAAGAUGGGCGUUAAGAAGACGAAGAACACGCAGAUCAAUGUAAAGAAAGAUUGUUUUUUUUUUUGAGGUAUGUAGGCUUGUGGCUAUUGUUACUUAUGACAUUUUUUAUUUUUAAUUUACCAUCUGCAUAUGCUACUUGAUGUUAAUGUUUAACUUUCAAUUAUCUGGUCCAG